ACAGCCCUAGAACGCAACACGAGCUAAUCGACAGGAAUGUUUUGGGUUUUUUGCCAAUUGAAAUAUCAGGAUAAAGCUGAAGAAAAGAAGACACAUCCAAAUGAAUGGAUCCAAUGAUCUCCGUUUACCGUCAUGCAUGCAGCCGCGCCUCUAGCUUGCGUUUUGUUCGUCCCCACCUCUUGAGACAAUAUGCUACCAGUAGGUGGAGGCUCUUCCUCUGUCUAGCCUCCGUUUCACCCCUCUGCCCCCAUCAUUCCCAGACUUCCCUAUGUUAACCCUCUUGAGCAUGUUUUACUAUAUAUGUCUGCGGCGGCGCUCCAGGAGCGGGACUCGAGGCGAGGCACUGACCAGCCGGCGUGCCGUGGAAUCGGGCCAGCGGGCGGUGCUGCCGGUCAGUGUGGAAGUGGAGCAGUACGCCAAGGAGGUUCUGGACUUCAGCUCCCACUAUGGCAGUGAGAACAGCAUGUCCUAUACCAUGUGGAACCUGGCUGGGGUCCCUAACGUGUACCCCAGUUCCGGGGACUUCACCCAGACCGCCGUCUUCAGAGCUUAUGGGAAGUGGUGGGAACAGUGUUCCAGUGCUCCUUUACCGUUUCGCCGGACUCCCGACAGCUUCCACAGCCAGGAUUACAUCGAGCUGGGCUUUGAGGAGCCGGUCUACCCAACGGCGGUGGAAGUGUUUGAGACCUAUUAUCCUGGAGCCAUCGUCCAAAUCCUGGCUUGCUCUCACAACCCGUUCUCUCAGAACCCUCCGACUGAUGUCAGGUGGGAAGUGUUGUGGUCGGGGGAGCCCACCAAGGCCCUGACUCCCCAAGCUCGACAGUUCUCUCCAAAAAUCAAGCACAUCAACUUUCCCACCAACCUGCUGCGCCUGGAGGUCAACAGCUCCCUGCUGGACUACUACACCGAGCUGGACGCCGUCAUCCUCCGCGGGGUGAAGGAGAGACCCAUGCUGGCGCUUUAUAAGAUGCCUCUCAUCGACAUCAGUGACUUGAGCGACAGCGAGGACGAGCUGUGUGACAUUGGAGGUGCUUUCAAACACGGGGGAGAUGGAAAGCAACACAGGACAGCCAACGGCUACUUUGACAGGCUGCCGUAUGAGCUCAUCCAGCUGAUUCUGAGCCACCUGACCCUGCCAGACCUCUGCCGUCUGGCCCAGAGCUGCAAGCUGCUGCACCAGCACUGCUGCGACCCGCUGCAGUACACCCAGCUGAGCCUGCAGCCAUACUGGGCCCGGCUGAGUGACGCCUCCCUGGGACACCUGCAGAGCAGAUGCACCCUCCUCCAGAGGCUCAACCUGUCCUGGACUGGAAACCGUGGAGCCCUCACCCUGACAGGCUUCAGCAGUUUCAUGAAGGCCCGCGGUCUGAGCCUGGUCUGCCUGGAGUUGUCGUGCUGUCACUUCCUGAAUGAGCCCUGUUUGGAGGUCAUCGCCCAGUCCUGUCCCAGACUGCAGGAGCUUAACCUGUCCUCAUGCGACCGCCUCCAUCCACAGGCCUUCACACACAUCUCCAAACUUGUCCACCUUCGCAGACUGGUGCUGUACCGCACCAAGAUAGAGCAAACAGCCAUCCUCAGCAUUCUGACCUUCUGCCCUGAGAUCAGACAUCUCAACCUGGGGAGCUGUGUGAGGAUCGAAGACUACGAUGUUGUCGCCAGCAUGCUGGCGUCUCGCAGUCGCUCCCUGCUCUCUCUGGACCUAUGGCGCUGCAGGAACCUGACAGACCGAGGCCUGGCUGAGCUCGUUACAGGCUGCAGGAUGCUGGAGGAGUUGGACCUGGGUUGGUGUCCCACCCUGCAGAGCAGCAGCGGCUGCUUCCAGCAACUCGCCCGCAGUCUGCCGCGACUCAGGAAGCUCUUCCUCACUGCCAACCGCACCGUCUGCGACUCGGACAUAGAGGAGCUGGCUAACUGCUGCCCCUCGCUGCAGCACCUUGACAUUCUUGGGACCCGUUUGGUGAGCGCUGCUUCACUCAAGAAGCUCCUCCAGUCGUGUCCUGGACUCGUCCUCCUGGAUGUCUCCUUCUGCUCGCAGAUAGAGACGCGGGUCGUCCAAGAACUCUCCAACCUUUUCCCCAAUGUGGCCAUCAAGAAAAGCUUCACUCAGUGACCUCACCGUCCUCCUGUUUCCCGCCCUCGAUGAGCGAGGAGCUCCCCAGCAGGAGUGGGAAGCUGGAGGAGAUCCUGAGGAUUUAUAGUCUCCUGAUAAAAAAACAAAACCUUCUUAAUUAUUUUGUGGAAACUUGGAAUCAGGGUGGUUUUGUGGUGAAGCUGCGUCUCCCUCUCAUGGUCUUUUAUACUGCCGAACAUCCUAGAGCCUCGACACCACGUCUGUCUGUGACCCUGCCUUUCCAAGGU